CAUCAUCAUCAGGUCGUUGCCGAUUCCUUAAGAUUAAGAAUACGGCCUUCAGUGUUAAUCUGGCGUCACCAAAGCAAGUAAUAGCAUCGGGUCAUACGGCAAACACCUAACUUCUUGAAUCAUUUACCUGGCAGUGUCGCAGCUCCACGACCAUUAUUCUGAAAGACUUCUGUGCCGCACCUCCACUACAUUCAAAGGACCUAGUUUAAGUUACAUGGGUUGUUAAGUUUUUUUUUUUUUUUUUUAACGGCUCUAAUGACAGAUUAUCAUGAUUUCUAUUUUCCAAAGGUCUAGUUGAAGCUACAUUGUUUUUUAAGGGUCUUUUUACGGUUCUAGUGACAGAUUAACAAGACUUCUACAUUUAAAAGGCUCUAAUUGAAGAUAAGUGUUUUUUCUACGGUUCGAGUGACAGAUUAAUUCCACUUUCACACAUUUCGACUUUUUACUGUCCAUGACCCGGCACCGUGUAUGCUACACACGUGUGCCAAGUCUAGAAAGCCUUGCUCACGCGGGGAAACCACCUUUCUCAGUGCACGUACCAUAAGACACCAAGGAAGACUUUAUACCUUCCUCGUGAGACGCAGAGCCUGAGUCCCGGGACUGAUGGUACAGAGAAAGGCAAAGGGAAGGCAUCAGUACAUCCCACAGGAUCAGUCAAUCCCACCAAGCCAUCGCGCUCUCCCACCCGCCUAAUAAGCCUUCCUAGCCUUCACCCUCUGUCUUGCCUGCUUUCAUGGUCUGCCUCCUGAUGCUUCUUGAAGUACUUUUUUUUUUCUUCUUCUUUCUCUCUUCCCUUAGUUAUACUAUGGCUACUUUUCGGAGAACAUUUUCUUUCCCCUGCGAAAGUUUGCAGGGUUACGCUUCAUUAGGACCACCCGCAGCAGAUUUAUGAAAGGGUUGCCUCUCAUUAGCAUAUUCACUGUAAUCAGCAUUCUUUAAUUACAUCACCUUGACAGUAAAGUAGUGAACAUCACAUUUACAACACUGACUGGAGGAAGAAGGUGAGAGGAGCAUGGCAACUUUCAAAAACGCACCUUUCACCUUGCCAGAUCACGCUGGUGCAAGCGCGCACGCACACACACAUACAUUUAACACUGAGCACACAGCAUCCUACGUCUUGCUGCUGGAUUAGAAGGUAAGUAACAGAACAAGUCACCUGUAAGUACCAUCAGUUUGUGGAGCCUACAAGGGUCAGUUGUGAGAGUAGACAUGUAUGUACACCAGACCACAUUGCAGGUAUCAUAACUGAUUGACCAUAAACCCUCUUUGGUUUGAGAGCAUAUAGGACUUGUGAUGAUGUAGCUGUGAGAGAAACGUUUCCAACUGACAUGCUAACAUGCCUGCCUUGCCUGUGCAGACGGUGACCAAGGUGAUCAUCAGCAGUCAGGCUGGCGGGGACAUGAGCAACAUUGGGAACCAGCAGGUGCACCUCAUCACCAGCCAGAGUGGUAAUACUGCAGCCUCCCCUGCCAAGCUGACCUUGCAGCAGGCACAGCAUGUGGGUUUCUUGCCAUCCUCCAAGCCACAGGGCCAAUCUCCAAACAAGAUUGUUGUGCAGCGGGUGAGUAUGGGUGGAGUGUCCCCUGUGAAGAGUCCCAAUAAGUUGGUCCCUGUGUCCUCCAAGUCACCCACCAAAAUUGCCCCAGCCCCUCCUUCCACACAGCAGGUGGGUUGUCCGGCAGUGGCUGCUUUCCUCCCUGCUUGUCUAUAAGGGGCUGCCGUUAUUGUGUGUUUCAUCAGCAAGCUCCGGCCUUUGUCUUGUUUGUGCUUCUUUAAGUCUUAUUUCUAUAUUUAUGCUAUUUUCUGUACUGUGAAUAUAUUUUUCUUAUUGGAGGUUCCAUUUUAAAAAUAUAUAUGAUAAGAAUUAUGAAUCUUUAGGUGAGAUGUCACAGAGAAAAGCUAUGUGCAUUUUCAUGAAGGGAUGGAAUAUUGUGCAUUAUUAGCCAACAUAUUACAAACAAGGCUUUACAUGCAGGAUGGGCAGAAGCUAUUGUGCAAACUCUUAUACAUAGGAAUACAAGAUUUAAGCAAACUUCUAUCUGUAAUUCCCUACAUAAGUUGUCAUUGUUAAUUAUCAGUUCAGCAACAUUACCAUUUAUCCCUCUAAACAUUGUUAUGGUGCAGGAUUGUGUGUUGCUUGGCUAUGAAUGGUAUGAAUGGCUGCCUGUGACUGGUGGCUAAGUGCCAGCCAUCCUAAAGUGCAGUUAAUAUAAUAGUGUAAUCAUUUGUUGAAUUUUCUAACCAUCCUAGAAACAAGUUAUGUAAGUAGAGAGUUGUCAGUGGAUGCAUCCAACAUUCAUCAUUAUUUAUAUUGCUUCUUCGUAUUUGAGGAGUUGAGAUUAAUAUUUAGGUAUGUCAUGCUUCCAUAUUGCACGAUCUUGUUUUUUUCCCUAAUUUUUCAAGUAACUAGAUUUAUCUUCUCAGACUUCAAUCAUGGUUUAUUUUUCCAUUUUUAAAAUUUUUUAGUAACUUUGGUAAAUCACAUCUAAUAAGGAACAAGGAGGCAGCGUUUCAUAUGUUGUGCCAGCUGUCCAUCUUGUCCAUGUCAUUUGCUGCCGGUGACCUCUGUUUCCCUUGUGUACUAAUUUUGUGACAGCCACCUUGGUACCUCUUCUUGUAAUCUACUGCUGUUCUCUGGGUCUGUUAGUCUUGUGAUGACUUGCCGCAUGUUGAUCUCGAUGGUCACAUCUCAUCUCUCAUCUGUCAGGGUGGUGAUAGCUCAUGUGUUUGAUUUCUUCUUGGUGAUUCUUGGGUUACAACAGAUACACUAAAAUUAUGACUCCCUUAAGUCAUCUAAGAGAUUAUAAUCUGUAUCUACAUAUACGUAAAAAUGAAUGUGUGAGUGACUUCCACUCACUGUUCAUUAUUAGAAUGUAUGCUGUGUGUCCUUUUUUCAGCCAGGAAUUCAUCAUAAAUGUUGUCAUCCAGCAAUUUCUGUAUUUCACAAAAUGUUGCCCUCACUUAAUACUUUGUUGACACAGAUCCUGUUUUGAACAGGUGUUUGGAUUGUAUGUUUUGUAAGUUUUUUGGUAAUGAAUUCCAGUCUUUAAUGGCUGUAUGAUAAAAGGUAUGUGCUGAGGGACCCUUUGCAAUUGACAUACCAAAGUUUAAAUCAUUGUUUCUAGUCCUAAUUGUGUGGGUAUUUGUUUUCCUAUGGAAAUGUUCUGCUAGAUAUGUUGGUCCUCUGUUGUUAUGGAUAUUAUGUGCAUGGCUUGAUUUUAAUUCUUUAACCCUAUUCUUGACACUAAGCAUAUUUACUUUUCCUCUCUCCACUUGUCCUAUAUGAGAUCUAGGGUCUAAACCUAAAAUAAAUCUAAUAAUCUUGUUUUGACAAAUUUGUAGUUGUUUUUUAGAUCUACUGCUCAGUCCAGAGUACCAAGAGGAACAUGCAUAAUCAAAGUGAGGUUGAAUUAGAGAGCUACAUAAGGUUUUCUUAAUUUUUUGAUCAAGGUCUUUUGCUUGUCUGUACAUGAAUUUUAACCUUGCAUUUAUCCUCUUGAUUAUCUGAUUACAAUUUAGCUCCCCUGAAACACACUGAUCCAAUUGAACUCCUAAAUAUUUUACUGAUUUUACUCCAUUUAUGUCCUGUCCCAAACAUGUUAUAUUAAAAUCAUCUACAUUUUUUUAUUUUGUUUUUGAUCCAACUAACAUAAUUUCCGUCUUUCCUAAAUGCAAAGACAGCUUGUUAUUUAUCAUCCAGGUGUUACAUGAUUCAAGUUCUUUUCUUAGUCUAUUUUUGAUAAAAUCUACAUCUUUGUGUGGAACAAUCAAAAUGCUGUCAUCUGCAUAUAGCAAAAGUUUACACGAGACACUGAUUUUCAUGUCGUUUACAUAACAUAAGAACAGGAGUGGACCUAAAAUGCUUCCCUGUGGUACCCCACAGGAUACAUUUCUGGUUUCCGAGCAAUGUUCAUCUAUCUUCACAAUUUGACUUCUUCCACUUAGAUAAGAAUAAAACCAUUCCACUGACUCUACACCCAUUGCUCUUAAUUUUUCACACAAGAUAUGAUGGUCAACAGUAUCAAAUGCUUUUUGCAGAUCUAGGAGAGCUAGGCCUGUAUACUCCCCUUUCGAUAUAUUAGUUUUUAGUAGGUCUAACAAAUGAAUCAGACAUGUAUCUGUGGAAUGACUAUCUCUAAAUCCAGAUUGAAAUUCAUAAAUGAUAUUGUUUGCUUUAAGGUAAUCUGAUAACUGAUCAUAAACAGCUCUUUCUAGUACUUUAGAUAUUAUAUUAAGGAUACUAACCGGUCUGUAGUUACUGACUUCUUGUCUGUUAUUCUUUUUGUACAGUGGUUUUACUCUAGCUUCUUUGAAUCCUUGUGGUACUUCAUUUGUAUAAAUUGACUUAUUGAUAAUGUGAGUUAUAGGACCUUUUAGUAUUGGUGCACCGUCUUUUAUAAACCUUGCUGGUAUGCAGUCUAAGCCUGUGCUUUUAUUUAUUUCUAGUUUCCUUAUUAUAUUGAAUACGUAUUCUUCAGUUACCCCGGUUAGUUUGAACAUAUUUUCUAUGAGUCCUUUGGAUCUGUAGUAGUUUUUAAAAUUAUAAGAGUCAGUGUUAAAAAUUCUAUCUGCAUAUGGCAGCUUACUAACCAAACUUGAUGCUACUGUUGUAAAGAAUUUGUUAAAGUAUGUUGAUAUCUUCCUUCCGUUGAAACACAGUUCAUCCUCAAUUUUAAGCACUAUUUUCGAAUUCUCCUUUGAUUGUCCAGAAUAACCUAAGUUUUUGAGCUGUUUCCAUAAUUUCUUGUUAUUGUUAGAAUUUUCUUUUAUUUUAUCAGAGAUAUAUUCAGAUUUUAUUUUUCUUAUGUUUUGUUGUAGUUUGUUCCUUUCUCACCAGACGCAAGGUAGGCAAUGCCUGUCAGUGUCCGGCCUCUACGAAUCUUCUCCAAAGGUCUCUAUCCAUGAAAUCCU